AUGGAGCACUACAACUAUGGAGGAUUAGAAGAUGAAGAGUUUUUGGAAGCCCAAAACCAACUUCAUCAUUAUAACGAUGGAUAUGUUUAUGGAGUGGAUGAUACAACUAAUGUUAAUUUAGAACACCCAAUUAGCACAACUGAUGUUCAAUAUGCUUCUGAAGAUGGAAAUUUAAAAGAAGAAAACAAAGUGGGGGAGGGAGUGGAUGAAUUAACUACUGAAGAAAUGAUUCAAAAAUUAAAUAUUGAAACGGAGCAACUCCAAAAUGUUGAAGAAAUUGUCAAAAACGAGUUCGAGACAGUUGAAGGAGUCCAUGAAAAUGUUGCUUUAGAAAAUGGUGGGGAGGGUAAUUUUGUUUAUAUUUGAUAGUUGGGGGAAGUGUCUGGUUUAAGAGAAAAUACUUUUAUUUGAUAAUCAGACUUAAAAUAAUAACCCGCACUUUAAAAAUUGGUUGGCCACUGGGUGGGAAUGAUACUAAGCAAAUACCCUGUGGGUGUGAAAGGAACAUUUUAGCAGUGUGAAGGGAACACUCUUGAAAAGGAAUACCUUCUAUCUAAGCCUCAUUAUAGGAUUCAAUAAGAUAUACCUCUAUUUAGAGUAUUUUUUUAAAAGCUUCUUGGGCAAUAUUUUCUAUUUAACAUACACCUCAUUAUAAAGGAGGGGUAUCUAUAAACUAUAUUUUAUUGUAUAUCACUCAUUUUAAAAAUUAGAAGUUUGCCAACAUUCUUUCUCGAUUAUUCACCUAAUGAGUCAUCCCUUUCUCUACUUUUUUAAGGACCUGUUUUUCUUAAAUCUUUACAUUUAAAAAAACAUUCUCUCUUUUUAAUCAUUUUAGAGUAGUAAUGAAAUUUAAAAAUCUAUACUAAAAAUUACUCAAUUUUAUAUAUUACACACACAAUUAAAAAACCCACAAAAACAUCCCUUCACCCUCCCUUCCCCUUCUUUCUCCUUUCCCCUUUAGAAUUUUUUCUUAAUUUUAAACACAAAUUUAAACGAGAAUUCCUCUCCAUUUUCUAUCGUUUUCGCAAAUUUAUUCUUCAAAUAUCAAAUAUAUUUAUUCAAUUACAAACCGGUUAGAGACUAAAAUUGUUUUAAUUAUUUUUAUUAAAAUUGUACAAUUAUUGGGUAUGAACCAGGGAUUUAUUUAGAUUCCCGAAAAUCGGGAAUUGAAUUUUUAUGUCGGCUAGAUCCCUGGUACGAACCUCACACUUAUAGAUACCCCGUGAGGAUAAAAUGUGUAUCCUCAAGUGUUCCAGGAUCUAAAGUCUCUUAUUUUUUGAUUAUCUUUUUGUUAAAAUUAAUUUUCUCAAUUCGAGUCGAAUAGUAAGAGGGAGUUUAGAAAAAGUUUAGCUACUAGGCAGGAUUCCAAUCUGCGACUUCCUUGCAGUUAUUGCUAGGCCUUUCGCUCACCGCUUAUAAGUACAUAGGAGCUCUACCACUGUGCGGGGCGACGACUAAUUCUUUCUUUUAUUCUAAGCUGCAGGUGAAUCAUCCUUACAGAAUUGAGAAUUUUCAAGUCAAAGUUGGGACGUAGAUCGAAUUUUUACUCAGACUCGAAUAUCACCUUCCAUGAGGCAUAUUUUAUUUGACUCAAAAUUUUUUAUGAUUAAUUUUCUCCAAAUAUUUUUUUUCAAAACAAAAAAUCGAUUAGACAUUUCGAGAUAAAUAAAAACAUUUAAAAAUGCCCAUAUGUCCCAAAAAAUUAUUUUUUCUUUAACUAUUUUCUUUCUUUUGGGGAGGGGGAAAACGUGAAAACUGAUAUGAAACGGAAAGAAAAUAAAUUUUUUUUCAAAGUUUGUUUUGCUUUGGUUGCAAUAAAUACACACGUUUUAUUUAAUUAUUUUUGCUGUUAUUUUUUCUAGUUAAAAACCAGAUUUUGGGGGACAUUAGAGGCUGGAAUUUUACUUUUAGGUGUGGGCUGUGGCUAGAAUUAUUUAUUAGUGAUUCACAUGAACCGAAAGUUAAGGAACCGGAUCCAUGUCCGAUCCGAAGAAAAUUUUGAAAUCCCGACCCAACUUUUUUCUCAACCCAUAUUAAUGGCUUAUUUAGCAAAAUUUUGGUCACUCGGUUGAGUUUAUUCACUCAAGCCUCUAAUAUCCUUGUUUUUGAUUUUCGUAAAUAUUUUUUAUUAUAAUUUCUCGACCACUCUUUCUUAUCUUUGCCAUUUUUAUCUAAAGAAAAUUAGGGGUUUCUCGAUGAUUUUUUUAAAAAAUAAAUUUUUGUCCUUGAUGAGUG